AGAGAAUCAAAAUUUUGAGAUCAAGAUGAUACCCUCGAUGUUUUUCUCUUGUCAAAAAGAUUCGGCCAUGCAUCUUAAUUAGGGUUUGCCCUUAAUUCAAGUGAUUGAAUUGGAAUCAGCAGCGGCCAUGGAUAUGCCGACCAAGAAAACCAAAGGCAGACAAAGGAUAGAGAUGAAGAAACUAGAUGGUAGCAAGCAGCAGGUCACCUUCUCGAAGCGCCGUACCGGCCUCUUCAAGAAAGCCGGUGAGCUUUGUGUCUUGUGCGGCGCUGAAGUCGCCGUCAUUGUGUUCUCCGAGAAAAAAGGGAAGCGGUUUUGCUUCGGCCACCCGGAUGUCGAAACCGUCCUUAACCGCUAUCUCAGUAGUAAAAAUGGAAACACCUUCCCCCAGCCGUUCAAAAAGUAUGUGCCUGUGGAUGAGUUCACCAGGCAGAACGCUGAGGCUGAGAAGGAGUUGGAAAUAGAGAAGGAGCGGAUGGCGGAGAUUGAGGAGGCGAAGAAGAAGAAGAACAAUGUGGGCAACGAAGAUUUAGGGUUUUGGUGGGAUGAGCCGUUGGAUGAGAACAUGGGGUUGGAGGAGUUGCAUCACUAUACAAGGGCUUUGGAAGAGGCACGGAGGAAAGUGGCGGCGAGGGUGGAAGAGAUGAUGGUGAUGAGGAUUUGUUCUUCGGUGUCUCCAAUGGAAACGGGCGUGGGGGAUCAUGCGUUUGUUAAUCAGAAUUUGGAGGGUGGUAAUGGUGAUAUUGGUGGUGGUUUCUUUGGUAGCCAUGGCAAUUUUGGGUUUGGACAUGGACAGUUUUGAAGUUUCUGCAUGUACUUCAAUUUCUUGUUUAAAUGGGAUGAUUUUGAGAUGGGUUACGAUGUUCGACUUUCUUACAAUGAAUAUGAAUGA